AUGGACUCCCUACAACCCAGUCGCCGACCUCCCCUUGCAAACACAUGCAUCCGGGGCCAUCUCCCUGCCCGGCCGUGCGGCGCUGAUAGUAACAAGACUCGUCUAGUGGUCGACUUCUACCAGCAAAUUGAAGCACAACUGCCCUUACGUCUCGUGAAUAUCCCCCAAGCAGCCAGGAUUGUAGGGUUAGGACAUGUUUACGCAACACAGCCAAUGGGAUUGUCUUGGAAGGAGCUCAGUAUUUCGUGGGCUGUCUUCCGCGCUGUCACUGUUCACCUGGACAUUCCCCUGGACUCACCCCUGUCCAAUGUCAAAAACGCCAUUUCGGCCCAGGCGAUAACACUUGUCGCUGCUGUUGAUGAGGCUUACGCCCUGGGAGUGGCUUCUGCCGCCCGACUAUUGACGCUUCCUGCAAAGUUACACGUCUCUGGGGGCAUUACUUCGCCGACCGUCCGGGACCGCAUACGUUCAGAAGGCGCGGAGCCUCUUUUGGACUCUGGCACCGUGGUCGAAACAAUUGCAGCAGCCAAGGCGAGCGCAGCCCGUAUCAAUAAUGCCAUUUUCCAGGAUUUCUUGCGUUUCUCAGAGCCGAACGCGACUUCCAGAUGGAUCGUAGAAGGUUUCUCUCCUUUUUUGCAGGAGGUCGACAAGCAGCUGCGAGCAUCUAAAGUAGAUCUGGUCGUUAUCCCAGUCGGAGCAGGUCUUCUUGCUGAAGCCGUCAUCUCACACUUCCACGAUAGCGUGGGCCAUGGUAACCCCAAGAUUCUCAGCGUCGAGCCUGAUACUGCAGCAUGUUUGUGGAAGAGUCUUGAGGCUAAGGCUUUGGUCACUACGGGGACUGCGCCGACCAUCAUGGGCGAUCUGAGACGUGGCGAAAUUGCAGAUGAUUCAUGGGACAUUCUGCGUAACGGCAUCGACGUUGCCGUCACUGUCUCCGACUUCGAAGCUCACCAGGCUAUACUCGACCUUGAGAAAUGGCACGUUCAAGUCGGACCGUCAAGUGCGGCGACGCUCGCCGCACUUCGGCUCAUUCCCGAAACCAGGCUGGCUAAGCUGGGCCUUUCUUCUGAAUCGACAGCAGUCUUACUAUGCACGGAAGGUCCAGCAGCGUACACUGUGCCACACUUUGUCCAAGGCAAUGAUCCGGUCGCGCUGACUCAAACGCUGGUGCAGAUUGACUCCUCGAGCUCAACAAUUAGCACCAUUCCGGGGCCAGGCGAGACCCAGAUUGCGCACUAUGUCACAGCUUGGAUGGAGCAUCGAAACAUCGAGAGCCACUGGAUUGAGCCUGUCAGGGGGCACCCUUCGGUGGUGGGCGUGGUGAGAGGCACGGGCGGGGGCAAGAGCCUCUUAUUCAAUGGCCAUCUCGACACGGUGACUCUCAAGACAUACGAAGGCGAGCCGUUGUCGGGCGUAAUCUCAGACGGCAAGCUCUUCGGUCGCGGUUCUGCUGAUAUGAAAGGCGGUCUCGCGGCGGCAAUGGUUGCCUUGGCCAGUGCCAAGUCGAUGAAGAUUCGUGGCGAUGUCCUCCUCACUGCUGUGGCGGAUGAGGAAGGGUACAGUGUUGGGACGAGCGACGUUCUCUCCGCAGGCUGGAGGGCCGACGCAGCUCUGGUCAACGAGCCUACCAACAUGGAAAUACUGCAUGUGCACAAAGGCUUCGCCCUUCUCGAGGUCAACAUCUAUGGAGUGGCUGCCCAUGGCUCACGCCCGGACUUGGGCGUGGAUGCCAUCUGCAAAGCUGGAUACUUCCUCGCUCAGCUGGACCAAUUUGCUCAUCGUCUCCAGCACGGCCAGGGGAGCAAUCCCAAGAUUGGACCAGGGAGCAUCCACGCCUCCAUUAUCAAGGGAGGCGAGGAAGUUGCUUCCUAUCCUCACUUCUGCAAUAUUAUUCUCGAGCGGCGCACUGUUCCAGGAGAAACACCGGCUAUUGUAGAGGAGCAAGUCCGUGAUAUACUACAGUCGGUGGCCGACUCGGUGGCCGACUUCAAGUUUGACCUCAAGCUGACAUUUCACCGACCUCCGUUUGAGCUUUCUUUAGAUCAUCCGUUUUUCAAGCUUGUCAAGGACGUGGUCAGCGAGUCGACAGGGAGCGAGGCCGUCGUUGCUGGUGCGCCCUACUGGACAGAUAGCGCACUUCUCGCGGCUCAGGGAAUCCCGUCUCUGAUCUGGGGUCCUACAGGAUACGGAUUACAUGGAAAGGAAGAAUGGGUCGAGAUUGAAUCCGUUGGCAAAGUGGCAACUGGCUUAUCAGAAAUUAUCCGCCGUUUCUGUGAAUAA